UGACCUUACAGAAAACAUAAAAGAGAGACCAAUAAGUUCGAGACCAUACGGACGCCUCCACCGACUGGAUUGGUUUUAAGCGGGGGAGGGAGAGAUAAUGCUGUCGCACGUAGGAGUCCGUUCGCUCUCCUGCUGUUUCCCUUCACCUCGUCUUCAUCGUUUAUCCCUCACCAAACGCAACCUCCGUAAACCUUUUAUCAUGGCAGCGUUAAGUGAUGAUCCAAUCAGUGAGUGGAUUCUUACGGAAGGAAAGGCGACGCAGAUUACAAGAAUCAGUCCAAUCGGUGGUGGUUGCAUCAAUCGCGCAAAUCGAUAUGACACUGAUGCUGGUCCCUUUUUUGUCAAGUCAAACAGGAGUAUUGGACCAUCAAUGUUUGAAGGAGAGUCUCUUGGUUUAAGUGCUAUGUACGAGACUAAAUCAAUCCGUGUGCCAAAGCCAUUUAAGGUUGGGCCAUUACCAUCAGGUGGAUCUUAUAUUAUCAUGGAGUUCAUUGAGUUUGGUUCAUCUAGAGGUGAUCAGUCAGUCCUAGGAAGGAAGCUUGCUGAAAUGCAUAAAGCUGGCAAAUCAAACAAGGGCUUUGGUUUUGAUGUCAACAAUACCAUAGGCAGUACUCCACAGAUAAACACUUGGUCAUCAGAUUGGGUUCAAUUUUAUGCAGAGCAUAGAUUGGGAUAUCAACUGAAGUUGGCAAAGGAUCAAUUUGGUGAUUCCACCAUUUAUGAGAAAGGACAAAGACUUGUGAAGAAUAUGGGACCUUUAUUUGAAGGUGCUGUUCUUGAACCAUGCCUCCUACAUGGAGAUUUAUGGAGUGGGAAUAUCAGCUCUGACAAGAAUGGUUACCCUCUUAUACUGGACCCAGCAUGCUACUAUGGACAUAAUGAAGCAGAAUUUGGAAUGUCAUGGUGUGCUGGAUUUGGGGGAUCCUUCUACAAGUCCUAUUUUGAGGUGAUGCCCAAGCAACCAGGGUUUGAGAAGAGGAGGGACCUUUAUAUGUUGUACCAUUACCUGAACCAUUACAAUUUAUUUGGUUCUGGUUACCGGUCAUCAGCCAUGUCAAUAAUAGAUGACUAUCUUCGGAUGUUAAAAGCAUAGCCUAUGGUCUUAAGAUUCUUUUCGGUUCUUGUACAUGUAUUUCUUGGACUAGGUUAAGUUAAUCGACAUGCUCCUUGUAAAGUAUGAUCGAUCAAAUGCAUAUUCCUUUUCCACUUCCUCUUGUUUUAUAUCCAGUUUCUAUAUGGAAUUGGCAUGUUUUGAGCAA